ACCCACGCCCUUUUCCUAAAUCUUUUCCUAUUUGGUUUCACAGAAAGAGAAACCCAGUCCCCAACCAACGCUCACUCCCCGUCGAAUUCCUCUCUUCUUCCUUUCGUCUAUAAAAAUCCUCUCCGCCCUCCCAUGAAAUCUGGCCUGCCCUAAACCUCGGAGACCUGCCAUGGCGUCCACCAAUCCUGUUCAUCAAUGCGCCGCUCCCGAUCUCGACGCCCUCACCCCUGACGAACUCCUCGGCUGUCAAAUCCUCAGCGAAUUUCCUCUUCUCGUUCAGCAAUUCGAGUUUUCUCUUGGUUUACCCCCUGCCUGGCCUGUCCGCGCCAAGAGAUCCGCCGUAGUUUCGCCGCCGGAUUCCGUCUCCAUCGUCCCCCCGCCGCGGCCACCGCCACCGCCACCGCCACCGUCGUCCGGUAAGGACAAGGAGUCCAGCCCGACUACUCCUUUCUCGCUCGACUCCUUGCCGUUAUCGCGGUGUGAAUCUGAUGAGAUUAACAAAGCUAAUCUUCCAAAUAAGAAACCCUGUCUCGAUAAGAAAUCUCAGUAUUUGGAAACUGUUCAUCAAUUGACGCAGCAGAAUCAAGCUUUGGUUGGUAAAGUUAAGCUUAUAAAGCGGCAUUAUAAUGAACUGAAAACCACCAAUUCGGAGCUGAAGGCGAAGAGGCAAAAGAUGAUUCAGGAUUCUAAGAAGGAAUCGACAAAUCCAGAAAUAAGGGCCUCAAGUUCGGCCAUCAAAGCCGUCAAGUUCACUGUUAAACCCCGAAUUCCGGAGGAGAAACAUCAUUUUCAUCAAUGUCAACCGCCCAUCAAGAAUCAGACGGCGGUUCCCGCGGCGGUUUCCACGACGGAACAGAGCAACAGUCAGAAUGUCCGAAUUCCAAAUGGGGCAAUUUCUAUAUAUGAUCCUUCAUUCGGCCCAACGGGGAUUCCUGAUUUGAACCUCUCUUUUGAUGAAAUUAGUCAGAGGAAUUACACCAGAUGCAUGGCCGCGCAAGCAAGACAGAACAGGAUUAAGAUCUGGAAGUCUAAGAACAACAACAACAACAACAACAACGGCGCCGCCAGAUUGUUGGCGUAACACCCUGUUUGUGACCACACCACUGUUCAUCAGAAUUCCACGGUCAUUAUUUUUUUGAUCUUCGGAUUCAGGUAAUCAAAUUUGAUGUGGGCGCCUGUUUUGAUCGUGGAAUUAGGGUAGAUUUUUUAAUUGUAAAGUUAGAUAGAAUCCUAAGAGCUGCCCCGCCCUGCCCAAAAGUCUCUCUCUUAUUAUUAUUAUUUUUUUUAUUUUUUCUUUAAUAACG